GCCGGAAGUUACGCCACGCGAGUGGGGCGGGGUGGGCGCGUGACACGGAGCGGGGAUUCCGAACGGCGGAGCGGAAGGGAUCGGUCGGCAGCGAUGCCCAGGAUCACGCUGAGGGGCGUGACGGUGGAUUUCCCUUUCCAGCCCUACGAAUGCCAGGAGACGUACAUGGCCAAAGUGCUCGAGUGUCUGCAGACGAAAGUAAACGGCAUUCUAGAGAGCCCUACAGGAACAGGAAAGACCCUAUGCCUGCUCUGUUCCACUCUGGCCUGGAGGGAACAUUUCAAAGAUACCAUCUCAGCCCGCAAAAUUGCACAGCGUAUGAAUGGAGUCGAACUCUUCCCUGACAGACCCAUGUCUUCCUGGGGCAAUGCUGCCACAGAUGGUGACAUCCCAACAUAUUACACAGACAUUCCUAAAAUAAUUUAUGCAUCCAGAACUCACUCUCAGCUUACGCAGGUCAUUAACGAAUUAAAGAACACAGUCUACAGGCCAAAGAUAUGUGUUUUGGGUUCCAGAGAGCAGCUUUGCAUCAAUCCUGAAGUGAAACGACAGGAGAGUAACCACAUGCAGAUCUAUAUGUGCCGAAAGAAAGUGAUGGCUCGUGCUUGUCACUUCUAUAACAAUGUGGAAGAGAAGUCUACAGAGAAAGGACUGAUGGAUUCAAUCAUGGAUAUUGAAGAUUUGGUUAAAAAUGGAAGCAAGCACAGAGCUUGUCCUUAUUAUCUGUCUCGAAGCCUGAAGCAGCAGGCAGAUAUUAUUUUUAUGCCUUACAACUAUUUAUUGGAUGCAAAGAGCCGACGAGCUCACAACAUAGAGCUGAAGGGGACUGUGAUAAUACUUGAUGAAGCUCACAAUGUGGAAAGACUGUGUGAAGAGUCAUCUUCUUUUGACCUGACAGCCUACGAUUUGGCUUCAGCAAUUGAUGUUAUAAAUGUAGUACUGGAAGAACAAGCCAAAGUAGUUCAACAGAAUGAAGUAAAUGCUGAAUUCAAUAUGGAGAGCAUCAGUUCAGGGCUGAACAUGGAACUUGAAGAUAUAGCGAAGAUAAAGAAAAUUCUUCUUCAGCUAGAAAGUGCAAUUGAUGCAGUGGAGCUGCCACCAAAUGACAGUGGAGUCACCAAAGAUGGAAGCUUCAUCUUUGAACUGUUUGCAAAGGCCCAAAUAACGUUUCAAACCAAAGCCUCACUCCUGGAGUCACUAGAGCAGAUUUUACAGUUUCUUUCAGGCCGCACUGGGAUAUUUAUUAAUACCUCAGGAUUGCAUAAACUCUCAGAUAUUAUCCAGACUGUAUUCAACAUUGAUCCUCCAGAAGACACAACAGGUUUUGUGCCACCUCAGUCGAUAUCCAGGUAUUAUAAGGUACACAUUCAUCUGGAUAACGGUAAUCAGAAGAAGAAGAAGGAAAGGACAGAUCUCUGGGAUUCAUCAGCUGUGAAAAAGCAAGGAAAAACCUUAAGCUAUUGGUGUUUCAGCCCUGGAUAUAGCAUGCACGAGCUUGUUCGACAGGGAGUCAGGACAAUUAUCCUUACCAGUGGGACUCUCUCUCCUCUCUCAUCAUUUACAAUGGAAAUGCAGAUCCCUUUUCCUGUUCUCUUGGAGAAUCCUCAUGUUAUUGAUAAACGCCAGCUCUGGGUUGGAAUCAUUCCCAAAGGACCUGAUGGAGCUGUGCUCAAUUCUACUUAUGAGAGAAGGUUUUCAGAGGACUAUUUAUCUUCUCUAGGGAAAACCAUUGGUAAUCUUGUGCGAGUUGUACCUCACGGACUGCUGGUGUUUUUCCCAUCAUAUCCUGUCAUGGAUAAAAGCCUGGAAUACUGGAGAGAGCAUGAUUUUGCUAAAAGAAUAGAAGAAGUGAAGCCAAUGUUUGUGGAACCCAGGAAUAAAGGAAGCUUUGCAGAGGUAAUAGAUGCAUACUAUGGUAAAAUUGCCUGUCCCAAGUCCAACGGUGCUGCUUUUUUGGCAGUGUGUCGAGGGAAGGCCAGCGAAGGCUUGGACUUUGCAGACAUGAAUGGACGAGGAGUCAUCAUUACCGGCCUUCCGUUUCCUCCUCGUUGGGAGCCCAGAGUUGUUUUGAAGAUGCAGUUCCUGAAUGAGAUGAAAAAAAGUAGUAUGGGUGCUCAGUAUUUAUCUGGGCAUCAGUGGUACAAUCAGCAAGCUUCCCGAGCUGUUAACCAGGCUAUUGGCAGGGUCAUCAGGCAUCGCCAGGACUAUGGUGCUAUCUUCCUAUGUGAUGACAGAUUCACAACUGAUAAUGUCAGAGGCAAGCUGCCUUCGUGGGUCCGCCCUUACGUGAACGUUUAUGACAACUUUGGGCAUGCAGUCAGAAGUGUCUCAGUCUUCUUCCGCGUUGCUCAAGAAAUUAUGCCCCUGCCUGCUGCACAGUGCCCUUCUGGCUCUGCUGUUACCCUGAGUGAAAAUGAUGUGGAACCUUCUACUUCAUCUGAGCAGAUCCUCUCCCUGCAGAAAGCCAAAAUUUUGGAUGACCACGUUCCCAGUUUGAAGAGGAAAAGGAUAGCAAUGCCAGUAAAUGGAGGUGGAGCAUCCAGCCUCUGCACAGAAUAUGAGCAAGAGAUGAUCUCACGUAGAAGACAAUGUGUUGGGCUUCUGGAUGCGUUGGAGCGCAGUGAGAAGAACAGCAAAGAGGUGGAGGAAGAUGAUGGUUUGCCAGGGGAGGAAAAGGCACAACGUCUGUCAACGCUUUCCCUUCAGUAUGAGAAGAGGUUAACAGAUGAGCAGAAAGGAGGAAGGAAGAAAAUAAAGCUGGUCAGCAAUCCACUGGCCAACAAGGCAGCAGAUCCAACGGAGCCAAAGAAAGCCCGAGCGACCUUAUACAUUGCAACAGUGAAGAAGACCCUAAGCCAGCAAAACUACAAUCUCUUCUCUGAGGCUCUUCAGAGCUACAGGAGCACAGCUGACUUCAACACUAUGUUGUCUCAAAUGAGUUCCCUUUUUACAGAGGAUGAGGAAAAGCAUGUCUUGUUGCGAGAAUUUUACCAGUUUGUUCGACCUCACCAUAAGAAACAGUUUGAUGAAGCAUGUUGCAAUCUGACUGGGGUGGGCUGUGGGUACAAACCUGAGCACAGCCUCCUGCUGGAAGAGAGGGAAGGACUGGCAAAGAAAAUAGAAGAAAAAGAGAGUCGACAGAAAACAACCUUCUCAGAGAACUCAUGCACUCAGCUGAAUGCUGGGCUCCACUUGAACCAGGGAGGAUUUCACUUGACAACAGGACAGACCAGUGCAGGGGGUAACACCAGUCAAGCUGUGAGUAAAGACACGAAAAAUGCCUCAGGCUCAAGGAGAGAUCAGCACCAGGUCCUCAGGGUGACCUACCUCAAUGAUGUGAAAAAGGCUUUGAAGGAAAGCGCCUACAGCCGCUUCCACGAGGCGCUGCUGGCUUACAAGAGGACGGAUGACUACGAUGCUAUGAUACCAGUGGUGGCAGCCCUCACCACGGAGAGGCCCGAAGACUUUCAUCUCCUGCAAAGGUUUACCAUGUUUGUGCGGCCGCAUCACAAGGAGCAGUUCAGGCAGGUGUGUAAAGAUCUGACUGGAACAGUUGGUGGUGAUGAACAGAAACAGCAGAUGCAGAACGAAAAAAGUGCUGCAACUCUGGAGAGGUGGUUGACUAAAAGAGCAAAGUGCCCUAACCAAGAUGGAGAUGUUCCUAAGAGUGAGGUUCCAGAAAGAAAUGGGGGAGAGACUUCUUCCUCGUGCCUCAGCCAGAAAUGCAAACUUGAAUUACCAAAGGCUGAAGUAUCUAAAGAAAUGAGUCACGUGAGAGCACCCACAGCUCCUGGAGUUGUGCCCAGCUUACCACUGGAAUUGGAUCCAGAGUUUGGAAGAUACCAAUGUCCUAACUGCAAAUCUGAGGAUGAUGUACCCUUAAAAUGCCCACUGUGCAUCUUCACUUGCUGCAAAACAUGUUGGGAACAGUUCUUAAAGAUGAAGAAGUGCCCAGAAUGCUGCUGUGAUGUGAAGAAGAAGCGCUUGGUUCGAGCUUAUUUCUGGUAAUGGUCUCACUGCCAGAAAGGCAAGUGCUUCAUGUCAGCAGAAAUCAGGCUCCUGUGCUCUGACCUGAGCUGACAGGAAGCAGGAGGAAGGUUCUUCUAAAGAUCUCUGCUCCUUGAUGCUGGUGAAAACAUGGCUGUGCACCAAGAGUGUCAUUUUGUUGUGCGAAUCAAUUGAGUGUGAAAGGUCAGGUGUGCACUGCUGGCAGAAGACAAAGCAGCAUUGUCCUCUGUUGGGAUGAAGAUGGUGAAUUUAUUUACUGUGUCCUGUGAAUUUUAUAUUGACUUAAGCCUGAUUGCAUAUCCUGGAAGAGGCUGUCAUCACCUGGCCCUUCAGGUAAUAUCCAUUCCUGGAAAAGCCCUACAACAGUUACAUGUUGGAGUGGAGCUGGCUGUGUUACCAGGCCAGACACAGCCCUGCAGGCCCCAUCAGUGUUCUUGGAGGAGCAGUUCAUGUUCUUUUGGUGUUUGGUAGCUGUUGUCUCCAAUAGCAGAAGAUACCGAAAGGAGGGCUUUCCUUCAAACAAAAUCAAGUGGUUGGACAGUGAGCAGAGAUGCUGCCCAUGCCUGCUGUGCACCCCAGUGUCAUCCACAGAGCAGGGAUUUUUGGAAAUGUGCUUCUCAGGAGGCUUUGUAUUUUGCCCAGCACUGGCACUCCUGUUGUGUCAGUGUUAUUUGAUGGUUGUCUUCCAAGAAGAAGGAUCUGAUUGAUUCCAAUCUUGAAAAUAAAUGAAGUGGAAUGGAUUAAAAAAAAAAAAAAAGCUCCUCAAUACUUCCACUCUCUGUAAGUAGUGGGAAUAAGGGGUCAACUUAAAUCAGCUCUAAGUCAUCAGUCGGGUCUCUUAACUGAACCAUAAAUAAAAACAUUUUUAUG